ACCGAGCCCUCGCCAGCAGCUCCAGCGUCAGCCUCAUUGGGUACAACCGCGGCUAUACGCACCGCGACGCGCUCCCUAGUAUUCGCUCCAAUACAUAGCCUACACACACACACGCACACUAUCUCUCUCUCUCUCUCCCUCUCUCUCUCUCACACACACACUCACAUACACACACACACACACACACAGAGAGAGCUGUGCAGCGAGACAGGCUGCUUGUUGGCGAACAGCCCCUGCAAGGAGAUCCCUUCCUAUUCCGCGCAAAUCGCUUCGUCGUCCUCUCUGUCGGCAUUUGGGAGCGAGCAGCAUCAUCAUCAGCAUCAGCACCGCCACCUCAGAGCCCAGACCAUCACGUUUUUAACAGGAGCGCAUUCCCAAACCAGGAGGAAGAAGAGGAGGAGGAGAAGGAGGAGGAGGGGGGAUUGCACAGUCUUUAAGCGUUCGCAGGCACAGAAUCGGACCAAAGGAAUGGCUUUACGUCGGGAAGAGUCUGUGCUCUAUUCCUUGGCUUUGCUGAGUGACUAAGUGGAGCCCUACAAGCCAUGGAGGAGAUGGACAGCAAACCCUACCAGCCAUUGUCUAAAGGUCGCCAUGAAAUGGAGAUGUCCUACACCAGCUCGUCUGACGAGAGCGAGGACGGCCGUACUCAUCAUCGCUCUUACACGUCACGAGAAACUCUGCCUGACUACACGCAUGAGCUUCGCCUCACUCUCGGGUCGCACCGUGAUAGACAGAGCAACUACAGCCAACCCCAACCAGAUUUAGACUUCUGCAAAGCCGGGCAGAUAAGGAGCCCAGACUACCACAUCCAUCCACAGCAGCAGCAGCAGCAGCCAGCACAGCAUCAAGAAGAGGAGGAAGAGACACUCCGCACAGGACCGGCUGCUCACGUCCACGGCCGCGGCUACUCGCUCGGCGUGGGGUCCGAUGUAGACACAGAGCCGGAGGUGGACCCCUCUCCUGCUCACGGCAUGCAGCACAUGUGGAUGCGGGGCCUAAAAUCCGAGCAGAGCUCGUGUCUGACGAGCCGCGCCAACUCGGCCCUCUCUCUCACCGACACCGAGCAUGACCGGAAAUCUGAGCCCGACAACGAGCUGCCCAGCAGUCCAGGUGGCCAGUUUACGUUCCGUCCGCUCCCUCCUCCGCCGCCGCCGCCCCACGCCUGCACGUGUGCCCGCCCGGCGCCCUACACUCAAGUCAGCCUGCAGAGGAAGACCAUGCCGACGCGGUGUCAGACCAGUCAGGGCGGACAGGGAGCAGACAACAGCUCGGGCACAGACCAGGCACAGCUUCACAACAGCUGGGUUCUCAACAGCAACAUCCCCCUAGAGACCAGACAUUUCCUGUUUAAGCAGGGGUCUGGUUCAUCAGCCCUCCUGUCAGGCGCGGGACAGGGAUACCCUCUGACUUCUGGAACGGUGUACUCCCCCCCACCACGACCGCUCCCUCGCAGCAGUGUCACCAGGCCGCUGUUUACCUUCAACAAGCCUCACCGCUGCUGCAACUGGAAGUGUACGGCCCUGUCUGCAUCGCUGCUCACCCUCGCGCUGGCCCUGCUGCUCACAUAUGUCAUUGCGGUCCACCUGUUAGGCCUGACCUGGCAUCUGCGACACGGCGAGAACCAGCUGUAUGAAAACGGCCUGAGCUCAGCGGACCAUCAACAGGAGGACCGCGGCAAAACCAGGCCUACGAGCUCCGUCCACCUGCUGGACACACUCAACCCUGAAAACACGUACACGGGUGACAGAGAAAAAUGGGUGAAGGGCCGCGCCAUCGACCGCGGCGAGAUCGACAUCGGAACCCAGCAGAGCCAGGCGAUCCCGCCGGGCCUCUUCUGGAGGUUUCACAUGACCGUGCACCAUCCGACCUACGUCAAGUUCAAUCUGUCGCUCUCGCACAACGCGCUGCUGGGGGUCUACGGGCGCAGGAACAUCCCGCCCACACAUACUCAGUUUGACUUUGUGAAACUGCUGGACGGGAAGGCCCUGCCCCGGUCGCUGACCGAUCCCAUCUCAACCGCCAAAACUCCCAAGGGCCUGCUGCUGAGCGGCCUGCAGGAAACGGGCUUCAUCGAGUACAUGGACCCUGGCACGUGGCACCUCGCCCUCUACAACGACGGACGCAACCUGGAGCAAGUAUUACUCCACAGCACCCCCAUAGAUUCCAUGGAUGGCUGCGCCACGGACUGCAAUGGAAACGGAGAGUGUGUGGCUGGACACUGCCACUGCUUCGCGGGGUUCUUGGGUCCCGACUGUGCCAAAGACUCGUGCCCAGUGCUGUGCAGCGGGAACGGCGUGUACGAAAAGGGAAAGUGUGCGUGUCUGCCGGGGUGGAAGGGGGCGGAGUGCAACGUGGAGGAAGGUCAGUGCAUCGACCCCACCUGCUCCAACCACGGCAAAUGCAUCCAGGGGAUCUGCAUAUGUGGCCCGGCCUACAAGGGCGUCAACUGUGAACAAGUGGACUGUGUGGACCCCCAGUGCAGCGGGCACGGCGUGUGCGUGCGCGGGGAGUGUGUGUGCUCGGCGGGGUGGGCCGGAGUGAGCUGCGACGACCCGCUGCCAGCCUGUCAGGAGCAGUGUUCGGGACACGGCACCUAUCUCCCAGAGUCAGACACCUGCGCCUGCCAGCCCAACUGGACGGGGCCGGACUGCUACACCGAGCUGUGCCCGGUGCCAUGUGGCAGCCACGGCGUUUGCUCAGAGGGCCAGUGCCAGUGCGAGGAGGGUUGGAUCGGGGCCGCGUGCGACCAGAGAGCGUGCCACCCUCGCUGCGAGGAGCACGGCCAGUGCCACGACGGGACCUGCAUCUGCCAGCCCGGCUGGGAGGGGGAGCACUGUAACAUCGUUACUCAUGAUCUGGAUGUUGUUGUAAAAGACGGCUGCCCGGGGUUAUGCAGUGGACACGGACGCUGUACCCUGGAGCAGAGUGGCUGGCGCUGCAUCUGCCAAGCUGGAUGGAGUGGGCCUGGAUGCAGCGUUGUCAUGGAAACUGACUGCAGUGAUGGAGCUGACAAUGACGGAGACGGACUGAUGGACUGCGUGGACCCGGACUGCUGCGAGCAGCUGAGCUGCGGCUCCGACCCCCUGUGCCACGGCUCGGCCGACCCACUCGCCCUGCUGCAGCAGAAUCAGCCGCCCCCCGCCGCACCCGCAAGCACGCACACACACAGCUUCUACCGCCGCAUACGCUUCCUCCUCGGCAAGGCGGCCACACACGCUCUCCCGGGAGAUGUGCCCUUUGAUACCAGUCGCGUGGCUGUGAUUCGAGGCAGCGUUGUGCUGCAGGACGGCUCGCCUCUAGUUGGAGUCAACAUCACCUUCCCACAGCAUCCUGAGUACGGCUACACGAUCAGCAGGAAGGACGGAAGCUUUGACUUGGUGACCUUCGGCGCCACGUCCGUGACCCUUAUGUUCCAGCGGCCACCCUUCCUCCCGCAAACGCGCACCAUAUGGACGCCAAACAACAACUUCCUGGUUUUAGACCAGGUGACCAUGGCCAGAGAAGAGGCCGAGACUCCCAAAUGUGACAUCAGGAGUGUUCUGAGUCCCUACCCACUAGUUCUGCCUUACCCCCUCCCUAGAUACACAGGAACAUGCACAGAAAAGGGCCCCGCUGUACCAGAGCUACAGGCAGUUCAGGAGGAGGUUUCAAUCCCAGGGGCCUUUGUGAAGCUGAGCUACCUGAGCACCCGCGCCGCCGGCUACUUCUCCCUGCUCCGAAUCCUCCUCACACCUCCGUCCCCGUCCUCUCCCGUCUCCCCUCUGGGAGGUCUGUCCAAGGUGCACGUCCGCGCUUCUGUCCAAGGACGGCUGUACCAGCGCUGGUACCCCGCGGGGCCAGGACUGGUUCACAAGCUGGUCUGGAACAAGACCGAUGUCUAUGGCCAGGAGGUCUGGGGGCUCACUCACGCAACUGUCUCGGUGGGUUAUGAGUAUGAGUCAUGUCCUGCAGUCAUCCACUGGGAAAGGAGGACAGCUCUGAUGCAUGGUUUUGAACUGGUGCCCUCUAAUCUUGGAGGAUGGUCCCUGGACAAACACCAUGCCCUCAACAUUCGCAGCGGAAUCCUCCACAAAGGGAACGGAGAAAACGUCUUCCUAUCCCAGCAGCCUCCAGUCAUCAGCACCGUCAUGGGGAACGGCUUCUAUCGCAGCGUCCCCUGCGGCCCGAGCUGCAGCGGCGCAGCUCGGGACAUGAUGCUGUUUGCCCCCGUGGCGCUGGCCAGCGGGCCCGACGGCUCUCUCUACAUCGGAGACUUCAACUUCAUCCGCAGGGUCCAUCCGGAUGGAUACACGAGGACCAUACUGGAACUCAAAAACCGGGACACCAGACACAGCACAAGCCCCGCACACAAGUAUUAUCUGGCCAUGGACCCAGUGGGGGAGGUCCUCUACGUGUCUGACACGAGCAGCCGCAGGGUUUACAGAGUGAGGAACCUUGGGCAGCCCAAGGAUCCGGCACGCAACCUUGAAGUAGUGGCGGGGACGGGGGAGCAAUGCCUGCCAUUCGACCAGAGCCACUGUGGGGAGGGCAGAAAGGCCACCGAAGCUGCGCUCAACAACCCUCGAGGUAUUGCUGUGGAUAAGCGAGGAGUUGUCUACUUCGUGGAUGGCACCACCAUUCAGAAGAUUAACGAGCGGGGUCUGCUCUCCACCGUGAUUGGCUCAAACGGACUGAUGUCGACGCAGCCGCUGAGCUGUGAUGCACGCAUGGAUAUCAGCCAGGUGCGUUUGGAGUGGCCAACAGAUCUCGCCAUCAACCCGCUGGACAACUCCCUCUACAUCCUGGACAACAACAUUGUCCUGCAGGUGUCAGAGAGCCUUCAGGUGCGGAUAGUGGCCGGGCGUCCCAUACACUGCCAGGUCCCAGGCAUCGACCACCACCUGGUGAGCCGAGCGGCGGUACGCGCAACCCUGGAGGCCGCCAAAGCCAUCGCCCUGUCGCACCUGGGAACGCUGUUCAUCGCUGAGACGGACGAGAGGCGGAUCAACCGCAUCCAACAGGUGUCUACCAACGGGGAGAUAUCGAUCAUCUCUGGAGCCCCCACAGACUGCGAUUGUAAGAUAGACCCCAACUGUGACUGCUUCUCUGGUGACGGAGGCUACGCCCGCGACGCUCGCCUCAAGGCCCCCUCCUCCCUGGCCGUGGCCCCCAACGGCACUUUGUACAUCGCCGAUCUGGGCAACAUCCGGAUCAGGGCCGUCAGCCCCAACCAGCCUCAGCCGAGCCCGGCCGGACUGGUGGAGAUCAGCUCCCCGCAGGACCAGGAGCUAUAUCUCUUCAGCCAGAACGGCUCCCACAUGUACACCAAGCACCUCAUCACGGGCCACUACCUGUACAACUUCACCUACGGGACGGACGGGCAGCUUUCGGGCCUGACGAGCCGCAACAGGCGCGGCCUGCAGGUGAGGAGGGACGCUCACGGCGUGCCGCUUUGGCUGGCGCUCCACGGCGGACAGGUUUACUGGCUGUCGCUCAGCAACAGCGGGAUGCUGAGGAAGGUCUCGGCCCAGGGCCACGACCUGGCCCACAUCUCUUACCACGGCAACACGGGCCUGCUGUCGAGCAAGAGCGACGAGAACAGCUGGACCACAGUCUACGAGUACAGCAGCGAGGGCCGCGUGACCAACAUCACCUUACCCACGGGUGAGGUGAGCGGUUUCCACGGCAACCUGGAGCGCUGGUCUCGCGUGGAGGUCGAGGCGUCCAACCGUGAGAACUUCGUCACCAGCACCAACCUGUCCGCGAGCGACACCAUCUACACGUUCAAGCAAGAUCAUGCUCAGAACUCGUACAGAGUCAGCUCGGACGGUUCGUUUCUGGUGACGCUGGCGAGCGGGAUGGAGCUGCUGCUCAGCACGGAGCCCCUCCUGCCGGGAGGCGCCGGGGGAGGAGUCAGCCCCACGGCCAGCCGCUGCAACAUCAGCCUGCCCGGAGACCACGGCCCCAGCCUGAUCGAGUGGCGGCAGAGGAAGGAGCAGACCAAGGCCAACUAUAGUACCUAUGAACGCAGGCUCAGGGCUCACAACAGGAACCUGCUCUCCAUUGAUUUUGACCAGAGCACCCGGGUGGGGAAGAUCUACGACGACCACAGGAAGUUCACCCUUCACAUCCAGUACGACUCGCUCGGCCGGCCCAUCGUGUGGUCUCCCAGCAGCAAGUACACCGAGGUGAACAUCAGCUACUCUGCCGGGGGGCUUCUCUCGGCCAUCCACAGAGGAGAGUGGUCUGAGCGGCUGGAGUAUGAGAACGACCGGGUGGUGUCUAGAGCCUGGGUCAACGGCAAGAUCUGGAGCUACACAUACGCAGACAGAUCCAUUAUGCUGCUCCUGCACAGCCAGAGGCGCUACAUCUUUGAUUACGACCAAACAGACCGGCUGGUCGCCGUGACGAUGCCCAGCAUGGUGAAGCACACCCUGCAGUCGCUGCUCUCCAUCGGCUACUACAGGAACAUUUACACCCCUCCCGAGAGCCAGGCCUCGUUCCUGCAGGACUACACCCUGGACGGGCGCCUGCGAAGGACUCAGUACCUGGGGACAGGGCGCAGCGUCAUCUACAGGUAUACACCAGCAGCAAGGCUCUCAGAGGUGGUUUAUGACUCCACCUUGGUGACCUUCACUUACGACGAAGCCUCCGGCACUGUCAAGACCAUUCAUCUCACCCACGACGGCUUCAUAAGCUCCAUACGUUACAGACAGACAGGCCCCCUGACGAGUCGGCAAAUCUUCCGCUUCAGCGAGGAAGGCCUGGUAAAUGCCAGAUUCGACUACAGCUACAACAACUUCAGAGUCACCAGCAUGCAGGCGGUCAUCAAUGAGACCCCUCUGCCCAUUGAUUUGUAUCGCUACGUUGACGUAUCUGGACGGGUGGAGCAGUUUGGCAAGUUCAGCGUCAUCUUCUAUGACCUCAACCAGGUCAUCACCACCCACCUGAUGAAGCACACCAAGGUGUUCAACUCCUACGGUCAGGUGGUCGAGGUCCAAUACGAGAUCCUAAAGUCCAUUGCCUACUGGAUGACCAUUCAGUACGACUCAGCGGGACGCAUAACCACCUGCGACAUCAGGGUUGGCGUGGACAGCAACGUGACCCGUUACACCUACGAGUAUGAUGCAGACAGUCAGCUGCAAAGCGCCUGGGUUAAUGAGCGGCCCCAGUGGCGUUACGGUUAUGACCUCAACGGGAACAUAAACCUGCUCAGCCAUGGAACCAGUUCUAGACUGACGCCGCUGCGAUACGACCAGAGGGAUCGGAUCACCCACCUCGGGGAACUACAGUACAGCGUGGAUGACGACGGCUUCCUCCGCCAACGGGCCAACGACCUGUUUGAGUACAACUCCAACGGCCUGCUGACCCGCGUCUUCAACCGCGCGACCGAGCGCGCAGUCUGGUACCGGUACGACGGCCUGGGUCGCCGCGUGGCCACCAAGAACAGCGAGGGCGAGCAGCUGCAGUUCUUCUACGCUGACCUGUCGCACCCCACCAGGGUGAGCCACCUGUACAACCACAGCAGCAACCUGAUCACCUCGCUGUACUACGACCUUCAGGGCCACCUCAUCGCGAUGGAGCUCAGCAGCGGCGAGGAGUAUUACGUCGCCUGCGACAGCGUGGGAAGUCCGAGGGCGGUGUUUUCCAGCAAGGGCCGCCUGGUCAAAGAGAUUCUCUACACCCCCUACGGGGAGGUCUACCAGGACACCAAUCCCGAUUUCCAGCUCACCAUCGGCUUCCACGGGGGUCUGUAUGAUCCGUUCACGCGACUGGUCCACCUCGGCAGGCGGGACUACGACACCCUCGCCGGUCGGUGGACUUCGCCGAACCACGAGCUGUGGGCGGAGCUGAGCCGGGAGCCCAAGCCGUUUAACCUGUACGCCUUCAACAGCAACUGCCCCGUCGGGACAGUGGAGGAGGUGACGCAGUUCACAACAGAUAUUGGUAGGUGGCUGCAGCUGUUUGGCUUCCAGCUUCAUAAUGUUGUCCCAGGUUUCCCAAAGCCUGAGGUGAGCAGAAUGGAACAAACAUAUGAACUGAUGAAGACCCAGACAAAGACACAGGACUGGGACUCCAGCAAGAUGGUGUUGGGAAUCCAGUGCGAACUGCGGAGACAGCUGAGGAGCUUCAUCUCUCUGGAGAGGUUGCCUCUGGUCUCAGAGCCCGUGGGCUCAGCUUGCCACAGGCCGUCGCGUCCUCCGCCCUUCAGCUCGCGACCCUUCAUUCUCGGCCCCAACAUCCGAUUCGCAGUGUCACACGGUCGGGUGAGCGCAGAAGUCAUCGGGGUGGCCAGCGAGGACAGCCGGCGGGUGGCUGCCAUUCUGAACGGCGCCGUCCACCUCACCGGGCUGAGCUUCACCGUGCACGGCUGCGACACGCACCACUUCCUGCAGUCCCGUCCGAUCGAGGAGGACCUCGCCCUGGGGCUGGGCGUGGGGGGCCGCAUCCUGGAGAGCGGCGUGAAUGUGAGCGUGUCCCAAAUGAGCGCCACGGUGAGCGGCAGGACUCGACGCUUCGCGGACAUCACUCUCCAGCAGGGGGCGCUGUGCCUGUGCGUGCGCUACGGCGGUACGGAGGAGGAGGAGAGGGCGCGGGUGAGGGAGGAGGCACGGAAGAGGGCGGUGGAGGGGGCUUGGGAGAAGGAAAGGAAGCGGUUGGAUUUGGGGGACGUAGGGAGCAGGUCGUGGAGCGAGGCGGAGAAGCAGCAGCUGCUGUCCGGCGGCCGUGUUCAGGGUUACGACGGCUACUACUCCCUACCUAUAGAGCAGCAGCCGGAGCUGUCCGACUGCCCCUCCAACAUCCACUUUAUGACACUUAGCGAGGUGGGGGGCAGGUAACAGAGACACACAAACAGCCCCCCAUCCCACCAAAGACUGCCUGUUUCUACUCUUGCUCUGAUUUGUUCUACUGUUUCUAUACUUUACUGAGAAAAAAAAAAAGAGAAGAUGAUAACUACGGAGAACAAGAAGAGGGAAUGGGGGGAAAAAGAAACUUCCAAAUGCCUUUAAUUGUGACAAAAUGAUGGUAUUUUAUUAUUAUCGUCCAGUUUCUCCGAUUUCUAACAGUGGCACAAGCGGUGUGGUUUGGCUGUGGCUUCGCUUUUUGUAUCCUGACCGACAGACUGACUGACUCGAGGACUGACUGAUGGACUGACAAUCUGCCAUUUACUGUUUCAGCACUGUUCAAUCACUUGGGACCGUGUUUAAAGAAACCCCCCCCCACUGAACUACAAAGAUGGAAGACUUAAGGGUUGCCAGUGCACGAUCCUCGUCAUGACUCAAAUCAUGAGCUCUCCGGUUGCCAUUUGAGUUCCUCCCCAUGGUUUACCUCGGAUAUACUACCGUUUACAUAUUGUGUAAGAGAGGCCUUGCUGACUCUGGCACUCCCCUUUAGAGAAGAAACCUCCUGUGGUUUCCGCCUCUGGUGUGCUCCAACUGUAGUUUGUAUGAGUGUGUAUACUAAAAUCAAGAAUGUACAUAGCCAGUGCUUUCACACGGAAAAAAAAAAGUGCUCAACUGGAGAUUACGUUGUUCAUAAGUGUCAGUAUUGUUAAUCAAUAGAAGAUCUGUUACAUUUUUUUGCAAAGAAUUAUACAUGGCUAUAGUAAUUAUUCUCGCUAAAAAAAAGCUCACUUUAUCGGGUUACAAUGCUGAUUAAAGUUAUUAUGUGUGAAUUACCA